UUUUAUGGAGGAACAACUAGCUACCGGUUAUCGUUAUCCGCAGCAGUUGACAAAACCGCUUCCGGUCUUAAAACACGUGACUGGCGAAUGAGAAAAAAUAAAAAAAGUCUAUCGAAGUCGCAUGGUAAAGGAAAGUGUUUUGUAGUUGACGAUGCUUAGCAUAUUUUACCACGGUGAUUCUAAUAUUGAUGCCGCCGAAGCUAUUGAGCUUCAGUGAUGACCAUUGAAUCAGCGACGCGGUAAAACAAAGAGAGCGUUUUCAGUUUGGCUCGAUCAUGGCACGUAUAUGGCGAUAUUCUCUGCUUUCGUCGCGAAGUUCAAUCCUCGUGGCUUGUCGACGAUUGAUACACUCCCGUUGUCUAUCGCGGGCUCAGCAUUUGAAUGACCACAGAAAGUCCAAGCUUCAAAGUCGCGGUAUUCACACAGAGUCGCGCCUUCCACAAUCAGCGAAAGUUGUUAUCUGUGGUGGUGGAAUAAUCGGUUGUUCAGUCGCGUAUCACUUGUCUAAACUCGGCUGGAAGGAUGUCGUGUUAUUGGAACAGGGCAGUCUGUCUGGGGGGACCACGUGGCACGCUGUCGGUCUGAUCGGGAAAAUGCGCUCCACGAUGGCCGAGACGCAGCUGUCGAAUUACGGCACCGACCUCUAUAGUCGACUGGAGGAAGAAACGGGACUUGGAACAGGUUUUAAGACACUUGGUGGUGUCUACCUUGCCCGCACCAAGGAGAGAAUGACCCUAUACAAGAGGAACUUGGCGAAAUGCCAGGCGUACGACAUCAAGGCAGAACUGAUUUCACCGCAGAGAUGUCAAGAGCUUUGGCCAGUGGAGCUGAAUUUGGAUGAUAUCCAGGGUGGUCUUUGGGUACCGGAAGAGGGCGUGGCUAAUCCGAGUGAUAUCUGCCAAUCAUUAGCAAGAGGUGCUAUUAUGAACGGUGUUCGCAUCUACGAGAAAGUCCAGUUACAGUCGGUGACGACAGACGGUCAAUACGUGGAUGGCGUCAAGACUGAUAAGGGCGACAUCAAGUGUGACAUCUUCAUCAACUGCGCAGGGCAAUGGGCACGAGAAGUAGGACAGAAAUCCAGCCCCGCUGUGUCCGUACCCAUCCACGCAUGCGAGCACUUCUACAUCGUGACCAAGACAGUAGAGGGCGUGCACUCCACGCUUCCCAAUAUGCGCGACCCCGACGGCCACAUCUACUUUAGGGAGUGGUCAGGGGGGCUCAUGGCAGGGGGGUUCGAGCCCGUGUCCAAGCCAUGCUUCCACGAGAGCGUCCCGGACAAGUUCGAGUUCCAGCUGUUGCCUGAAGACUGGGAUCACUUUGAGGUCCUCAUGGAGCAGAUGUUGCACCGAGUACCAGCGCUUCAUAAUGCCGAGAUCCGACAGCUUGUAAAUGGCCCCGAGAGCUUCACACCAGAUGGGCAAUACAUAUUAGGAGAGGCCCCAGAGGUGCGGAACUAUUUUGUCGCCGCCGGUAUGUGUUCCAGCGGUAUCGCCAGUGCGGCAGGCGUGGGCAAAGCCCUGUCUGAAUGGAUAACCGAGGGCCACCCCACCAUGGAUCUGUGGCCUGUGGAUAUACGUCGCUUUGGCAACCACUUCAACAACAAGCAGUUUCUACGUGAUCGCGUGAGAGAAACACUCGGGUGGCAUUACGUCAUGCGAUAUCCUUAUUCGGAAAAGCAAACGGCGCGAGGAGUCAAAUGCUCACCCCUGUACGCGCAGCUCGAUUCAGCCGGGGCGGUCUGGGGCGAGCGGAUGGGCUGGGAAAGGCCAAGGUGGUUUCAGUUGGAUGAAGAAGAUCUCGAAUGGAACAGUACAAUUGUGCCGAGUACUAACGCGUUCGGAAAGCCCGCGUUUUUCCGUAAUGUACAAGUGGAGUACGCGGCCUGUCACAACUCCGUCGCACUUGUCGACAUGACGUCAGUUGGGCUCUUUGAGAUUUCGUCCGCCGACCCUGCGUCCUGUGAGCAAUUCAUGCAGACAUUGUGCGCCCGCGAUGUGGGCGUUCCCAUCGGCCAUAUCGUGCAGACAGCAUUGCUGAACAAGCGCGGAGGCUACGAACUGGAAUGUACUGUGGCAAGGACUGCGGAAAAUAGAUAUAUCAUCAUGGUCCCCACCGCACAUACUGUGUUAGCGCAGAACUGGAUCUCUCGACAUAUUCCCAACAGGAGCUCAAUCACUCUCCGAGACAUUCAGUCGGGCUUCGUGGUUCUCGGAGUUCUUGGGCCAAUGUCUGCUGAGUUACUUCAAGGCUUUACGACCACAGAUCUCACAUCUGACUACCCUAUCGACACCUUCAAGGAGCUGAGUCUCGGCUUUGCUUCUGACGUAAAGGCCUUCAAGCGCACGAAUGUAGGUGAUCUUGAGCAAGGAUGGCAGUUAAUCAUUCCCACAGAGUACGCUAGCGGGCUGUACAGCCAACUGACCAAGGCCGGUAAAGCCAUGGACAUAAGGAAUGUAGGAUGUUAUGCUGUGGACGCCCUUAGAGUGGAGAAGGGGUACCCGCGUCUAGGCAUCGAGCUGACACCCUUCGUAAACCCUUUCCAGGCAGGACUGGAGAGCAGAAUAUGCAUGUUUAAGAAUGAGGAAUUCAUCGGUAGAAGUGCCCUUCUGAGCCUACAAGAUCAGCCAAUCACAAAGCGCCUUCUAUUCAUGGCCAUGGAGGAGCACGACGACACAAACAUCCCGUGGGGGGGAGAGCCAAUUCUGCGUAACGGAGAGAUCGUCGGCACAACGUCUUCAGCUUCGUUUAGUUUUACAUUGAAUGCGCCGGUUUGCAUGGGUUACGUGUCCAACGCUGGGCACCCUGUGUCAGAUGAGUACAUCAGGGACGGCAAAUUUGAGAUUGAUGUCGCUGGCCAGCGGUAUCCACUAAGAGCCGCGAUUCACAAAUUCACUGAACAGCCCACUGGGAAGUUUUUUACGAAGGUGUUCGUUUGAAUUUGUCCGAGAUCCAACAAACAAGUCCACCCCAGAGAAAGCCUCCGAGCUCGAACUGCAAAACACUCAGAAAUAUCUGCUCGCAGCCUGCUAAUUUUCAAGCCAGCCUAUAAAUUAAUUUAAAAAUUUCAUAAAUACUUUCUGUUUUAA